AGAUGCGUUGUUGGCGAAGAAAAACAUCCGCGAUGGAGAAAGGGCUGUGGAAAAGUUGGAAAGACGCUUAUAUUCGGCACAAGAAUUGUUUGAGAUGUUCGCUGAACCGUUCGAUCUGCCAGAAAUUAAACUGGCGUUGUGUCAUUGUUCGGAUACGUACGAUAAGAAUAUUAUCGAUGAAUUGUGCGCACAGAUCAUUGAUAAAGAACUUGAAGUGAAUCGUGAUGAGCCAUCAGACGCAAAGAUUCAACGUUUGGGCACU